AUGCCGCUGUAUGAGGAAAUCGAGAUCGAGGACAUGGACUAUGAUCCCAAGACAAUGACAUACUCGUAUCCAUGUCCUUGCGGUGAUCGAUUCAAAGUCAGCCUGGAAGAUUUGUGGGAUGGGGAAGAUGUUGCCGAUUGUCAGUCCUGCACCCUAUACAUUGAAGUCAUUUACGAAGAAGUGGAUUUACCACCUCUUCCAGAUGAUUCGGACGAUGAGGAGUCAACCGACAAGGAAAAAACCUUGGCAAAAGAUGUCACCGAGGCGGUUCAAAAGCUCUCUGUGAAUGACAACAAGGCAUGA